AUGGUGAACGAAAAUCACCACCGCCAAGUAGAGGAUCCAAUCGCCAACUACUCGGGUCUUUCUCUUUUCCGCUCAACAUUUUCUCUUCCAUCUUCAAAACCCUACGACGAUUUCGAUCUCCACGCCAUUCACAACGUUCUCAUAUCCAUGGAUUUGGGAAAUUCUGCUAAGCUUGUAGAGCAAGGCAAGUCUGUAUUAGAAUGUAAUUCAGGAUUCAACAUGGAAAAUUCAACAAUAGAUGUUGGAGAUGAUGCUGAUUUUGCUGCUGAAGAGGAUGAAGAAUUUCGUCGGAAAAAAAGGGGACCAGGUUUAGGUCUCAAUCGUGUCCGUCCACGUUUCUCGCUUAAGGAGACCAAAAAGCCCUCUGUUGAGGAUUUAUUACCGGUUUUGGACUUCAGAAACAUCAAAGACCCUAACGAAUUGUUCAUGGCCCAUGAACGGUUAGAAAAUGCAAGAAAAGAAAUACAAAAGCAGUUGGGUAUCGUGCCAUCUGAGUCAACUCUGGGUUCAACUAAACCACGGGAACGUCGACCGGGACUUCCAGGGUUUAAUCGGAGGCCAAUAAAAUUCAGACCUAGUAUUUCACAAGAAACUUUGGACAAUAAUGCUCAUGCCCUAUCCUCCCAAGAAGCAUUUGAAUCUGACAGUCUAGAUCCUGUUGGUGAUAACACUGAGAAAGGCAAAGCUUCUCUUGUAUCAUUGGAUAAUGAAGUAACUGGUUCAUCAGCUGUUAAAGAGAAAAAGGUCAAUGACAUUUUGAAAGGAUUGCUUACUCUUGAUUCUGAAGAACUAGAAGGGUUUGGAGCAAUGAGUCGUUUGCAGGAGAGGUUACAGAUCAAACCCGUUGUUUUUGAGAAAUCAUCCGUUCCAGAUUUCCCAGAUAGCCAACCAAUGGAUCUGAAAUCUUCGCAUGGAAAUUUGUCGAAGCCAAGUAAGGCUUGUUCCGACAUAAGUAAUUUGUUGAAAGGAAUAGACAUUAAGACGCCUCUUAGGCAGGAUGUAGGAUACUCUGAGAAGCAAUUAGCUUCACCCACACCUCCAAGAUCUCCAUCUGUUUUGUUUUCAACAAUGCAGAAGCACAUUUCACACUCAAAGCCAUCAGUGGAUCCAUUUUCAGCUCAUGAAAUUGAUCAUGGAUCUACAAAAGAAAAUUUGCCAACUCAUAUGGUAAACCAAGAAGUAAAUAUUGUUGGUUCUAGUAAGCCGUCAGAUGAGCUGGGUGCACCUAUAAUUGAAGAUGUUAUUGCUGCUGGCAAGACAAAUAAAAUUCUGGACACUUCUGCACAAUCCAAGGAAGACAAUUCUAGGAAGUUAUCAGAACAACUAAAAGCAUCUUUAACUGAAAAUGAAGUUGCAGUUAGUGAGACUUGUUCAGUUGACGAUCCUAUCAGAAAGUGCAUCAGUACUCCUAAAAAAUCCAAGGUGGAUAAUUCUAGGGAACUUGGUUUUAAUGCUAAUGUUGACUCGAAUGAACCUCCUGUUGACAUGGAUCUAGAUAUUGGAGGUAGUGGUGUGGGAAAAAGGGUUAUGGAUGACAUAGGGGAAGGGCAAAAUGUCGAGCCAAAUGAACCUGAUCAAUUUGAGGACGAAAUGCUGGCAGAAAAUAUGCAGGAAACUUCAGAUUAUAUACCGACAGAUGAUUCCAAUUUCAAUUUGGUGAAUCCACUAGCUGAUCAAUCAAAUCCAGAUGUGCAUGAAGACAUAGCUGAUCAAUCAAAUCCAGAUGUGCAUGAAGACAUAGCUGAUCAAUCAUAUCCAGAUGCGCAUGAAGACAAUUCUGCCGAGAAUAGGUCUAGAAGAUCAGAGGAUAGUCCAAAACAGUGUUUGCAGGAAAAAACAGUUGGUUCUGUGGCACCCGUUAGUGGACAAAAGAGAGUUAAAACGCGUGCACAAAAAGCGCCCAAGAGCAAGAGACUUCGGCUGAGGAAGAGCCUCGCAGAUGCUGGUACAUCAUGGGAAUCGGGAGUAAGGAGAAGCAGCAGGUUCAAGACAAGGCCUUUGGAAUUUUGGAAAGGGGAAAGAAUGGUGUAUGGCCGUGUACAUGAGAGUUUGACUACUGUCAUUGGAGUGAAGUGCUUCUCUCCGGGAGCUGAUGGCAAACCGAUUAUGAAGGCGAAGUCAUUUGUCUCAGAUAAGCACAAAAAGCUUUUUGAGUUUGCUUCUAAAUAUUGA